GCCUCAGCCUGCCAUUUGUGCAGUAUAAGCUCACUUUCCAGCUUACAUAAAGCCCUGAGGUGGAGAGUAGCCAUUUGAAUGCGACAUCUCUGCAGUUUCAAGAGUGCAAUAGGACCCCCUGCCUCGACCAAGUUUCUGUGAACACAUAAAGACAGAUAUUACCUGCCCCCUCUUUAGUGUGUUGGUGUGUCGUGACUGAAGCCUAAAGAGUGAGGUGGUGUUGAUGGCCACACUGCGGGAAAGCAUCUCCUGAACAUAAAUGAGUAAAUUAGCGGACAAGUAAAUGGAAAGGGUCACAGCAGGCGAAGUUGUUGCUUCCAUGCCCAGUGCAGUCCGUCCGCUCUGAGAGAUGCCAUUGCUGCUGUGGACAGUCUGGAGAGGGGAGGCCGUGCCUGCCUGAAGCUUCUGUGGAUAGGACUGCAUUGGACCUGACAAAUUAGCACCCACAGACUCAGUAUGCCUCACUAGCAUACACACUAUGCCACUUGAACAGUAAGCUCCCUGUCUGGGGUCCCGCUGUUUGUAAGCUGUUGUGUGUGUGUGUGUGUGAAUGUGAGUGAGUGAGUGUGUGUGUGUGAGUGUGAGUGUGUGUGUGUGUGUUUUUUUUUUCUCUCUCUCUUGUUUGCCUGCCCUGGAAGUUUUGGAUGGUUGAGCACAAGGGGCACUCUGAAGGAGCCCGGUGGUGGCGGCUGAGAUUUGGCUGCAGUUGACAGAGCGCUGUGCCAGCCAGCCCUUCGCUGAUUGUGCCCUUCCGCACCGAAUCCCCACGCACACCUCCCACACCCCUGCGUCUGACACAGGGAGGUUUUCAGGGAGAGCAAGGGAGGGUUCUGCAGGCAGAGGCCAUAGAACCCCCACCAUAAUCUCCUCUCUCCGCUGACGCCAACCCCAGAGGCCCAGCAUGAAGCUGAAGAAGCAGGUGACCGUAUGUGGGGGCGCCAUCUUCUGUGUGGCGGUCUUCUCCCUCUACCUGAUGCUGGACAAAGUCCAGCACGACCCUGCCAGAAGGCAGAACACCGGGGGCAAUUUCCCCAGGAGCCAGAUCUCGGUGCUGCAGAACCGCAUUGAGCAGCUGGAGCAGCUGCUGGAGGAGAAUCAUCAGAUCAUCAGCCACAUCAAGGACUCGGUGCUGGAGCUCACCGACACGGGCGCCAUCUCGCCCAGCGGCCACCUGCCCUUCCGCAGCACCAACGGCUCCUGGGUCAUGCCCUUCGACGGGAGGCCCACCUUCCUCUCGCUGCGCCCGCGUGACUGCCAGUUUGCCCAGACCCGCCGCGGCCCCACCGAGCUGCAGACGCUCGAUGUGUACUCUCUGCUGAAUUUCGACAAUGUGGACGGUGGCGUGUGGAAGCAGGGCUUUGACAUCACCUACGACCCCGGCGAGUGGGACGAAGAGCCCCUGCAGGUGUUCGUGGUGCCGCAUUCACACAAUGACCCAGGCUGGAUCAAGACGUUCGACAAAUACUACAGCGACCAGACUCAGCACAUCUUCAACAACAUGCUGGUGAAGCUGGCCGAAGACCCGCGCAGGAAGUUCAUCUGGUCGGAGAUCUCCUUCUUCGCCAAGUGGUGGGAGAGCGUGGACACUCACAAGCAGGCGGCCAUGCGCAAGUUGAUUCAGGACGGACAGUUAGAAAUUGUCUCGGGCGGCUGGGUGAUGCCUGACGAAGCCAACACCCACUACUUUGCCAUGAUCGACCAGCUCAUCGAGGGGCACCAGUGGCUGGAGAGGAACUUGGGCAUCACGCCGCACUCUGCCUGGGCCGUGGACCCGUUUGGCCACAGCGCCACCAUGCCGUACGUGCUGAAGAGGGCCAACCUGACCAGCAUGCUCAUCCAGAGGGUCCACUACUCCAUCAAGAAGCACUUCGCCGGCAGCCGCAGCCUGGAGUUCAUGUGGAGGCAGGCCUGGGACCAGGGCUCCGGCACGGACAUCUUCUGCCACAUGAUGCCGUUCUACAGCUACGAUGUUCCGCACACCUGCGGACCCGACCCCAAGAUCUGCUGCCAGUUCGACUUCAAGCGCCUGCCGGGCAGCCGGGUCAACUGCCCUUGGAAGGUUCCGCCCAAACCAAUUGUGGACACUAACGUGGCUGAGAGGGCUAACCUUCUCUUGGACCAGUACCGCAAGAAGUCCAAGCUAUUCCGCAGUAAGGUUCUGCUGGUGCCGCUCGGUGAUGACUUCCGCUACGAUAAGGCUUUGGAGUGGGACCAACAGUACCAGAACUACCAGCGUCUGUUUGACUACAUGAACUCCCACCCAGACAUGCAUGUGCAGGCCCAGUUCGGGACGCUGACGGACUACUUCGGCGCCGUGUAUAAGGCCAACGACGUGGCCCCUGGCACUCGUCCGCCCGAAUUCCCCGUGCUGAGCGGCGACUUCUUCGCCUACGCCGACCGCGAGGACCACUACUGGAGCGGCUUCUACACCUCCCGGCCCUUCUACAAGAACCUGGACCGCAUCCUAGAGUCCCACCUCAGGGGGGCCGAGAUCCUGUACAGCCUGGCGCUGGCCCACGCGCGCCACUCGGCCAUGGAGAGCCGCUACCCGGUGUCGGACUACGCGCUGCUGACGGACGCCCGGCGCAACGUCGCCCUCUUCCAGCACCACGACGCCAUCACCGGCACCGCCAAGGAGGCCGUCGUCAUCGAUUACGGCAACAGACUGCUGCGUGCUCUGGUGGGCCUGAAGAGAGUGAUCAUUAAUGCGGCCCACUUCCUGGUCAUGAAGAACAGAGACGUGUACCGCUUCUACCAGUCGGAGCCCUUCCUGGAAACGGAUGACCGGCGAGCCACCCAGGACUCCCUCCCGCAGCGCACUCUGAUUGAGCUGGACCCCAACGCCCCCAGGUAUCUGGUGGUGUUUAACCCCGUGGAGCAGGACCGGCUGUGUGUGGUCACGGCGCUGGUGAGCUCUCCAAACGUGCGCGUGCUGACGGAGGACGGACAGACCUUACCAGUGCAGCUCAGCGCCCAGUGGAGCUCCCCCCUGCAGGUCAACGCUGAGGUCUACCAGGUGUCCUUCAUGGCGCGGCUGCCCGCCCUGGGCCUGGCCGUGUACCACCUGUUCGAGACCACGGACUCUCCCAUGACCAUGCGCUCCGAGACGGUGAUGCGUCUGGCCCCGGGGUCCGGCGCCGUCCGGGGCCUGGACCCGCUGCCCCUCCGCAUGCAGGUGGCGGACGCCCAGCCCUUCUUCAUCCACAGCCAGGGCUUCACGCUCGGCUUCUCCGGAACCACCGGCCUCCUGGAGACGAUCCGGCGUAAGGAGGAGUCUCAGGAGAUCCGAAUGCAGUUCCAGUUUGUCACCUACGGCACGAGGCCUUCCAAGGACAAAAGCGGCGCGUACCUGUUCCUGCCCGACGGCAGAGCCAAGCCGUAUGCCCAGAGGGAGGCCCCCGUGGUGCGUGUGGUGGAGGGUCCACUCUUCUCCGAGGUGGUCACCCACUACCAGCACUUCCAGCAGACGGUCUGCAUCCACAACGUGCCCGGGGUGGACGGCCUCUCCCUGGACAUCAGCGUGCUGGUAGACAUCCGCGACCAGGCCAACAAGGAGCUGGCCAUGCGCGUGACCACGGACAUCCAGAGCGAGGACACCUUCUACACUGACCUCAACGGCUUCCAGAUCCAGCCACGGCGCUACUUCCAUAAGCUCCCACUGCAGGCCAACUUCUUCCCCAUGCCCACCAUGGCCUACAUACAGGACAGCCAGCACCGCCUGACUCUGCACACGGCCCAGGCCCUGGGCGUCACCAGUCUGGACAGUGGUCAGCUGGAGGUGAUCCUGGACCGCCGGCUGAUGCAGGACGAUAACCGGGGGCUGGGCCAGGGCCUGAAGGACAACAAGAGGAGCCUCAACCGCUUCCGCCUGCUGAUGGAGAGGCGCUCGGGCAGCAGCCGGCAGGUCAUGGACAGUGAGCCCCUGAGCUUCCCGUCCAUCAUCAGUCACAUGACGUCGGCGUUCCUGAACCACGAGGUGCUGGCUCUGCCCGUGGUGCCCAAACACGGCGUGCCCCCCCUGCGCACCUUCGCCCCCCUCACCACCCCCAUGCCCUGUGACUUCCACCUGCUCAACCUGCGCACCAUCCAGAGCCAGCAGGAUCCUCUGAGCCCAUCCCCCUUCACCGCUCUGCUGCUGCACCGCAAAGCUCUGGACUGCAGGCUGGAGGCCCAGAACCCCGGCUUCAACUGCAGCACCACACACGGACAGCUGGCCGUGUCCAGUCUGUUCCGGGGUCUGGACCUGCAGCUGCUGCAGCCCACAUCUCUGUCCCUGCUCUACCCGGGCACGCCUCUGGCCAACGACUCCGCCAUCACCCUGGAGCCCAUGGACAUCUCCACCUACAAGCUCAAGCUACGCUAGCCCUCCACACAGCCACACACGUUUGGGCCCCUGGACGGGGGACC